AUGCCAAAUUUGGUUAUGAGUGAGACGCUAGUAUCGCCUGCUAUUGGACUUCAUUCUGGAGCUGGGGGCCGAGGGUCGGUAACUGAACAACUCCGGUCCAAUGGUGCUGAGUUAUUUAGAGGUGUCACUAGAGUCACCAUUUAUGGUGCUGAGUUAUUUAGAGGUGUCACUAGAGUCGCCCUUUGUGUGGCCGAGUAUUGGUUGGAGGCUACAGAGGAGAUUAUGAAUGAUCUAGACUGCAUUCUUGAGCAAAAACUGAAGGGUGCGGUCUCUCUGCUUCACGAUAAGGCUUAUCAAUGGUGGCUGACUAUUGAAGAGGGUACUCAGCCUGAUUGUUUGACCUGGGACCUCUUUAAGACCACUUUCCAGAGCAAAUAUGUAGGGGCAAGUAGUGUUGAUGUUCGUAGAUGUGAGUUCAUGAAUCUCAUGCAAGGGGAUAGAUCUGUGGCCGAGUAUGAGGUUGAGUUUAUGAGGUUCAGCCGCUACGCUCGAGGCUUGGUGGCAUCAGAGUAUGAGAGGUGUCUCCGUUUUGUAGAUGGUCUGAGGGACAGUUUGAGAGUACUGAUUGCUCCACAGAAGGAGCAUAAGUUCACAGUAUUGGUAGAGAAGGAAAAGAUUACUAAGGAAAUGAAAAAGAGAGGGUCAUGCAAUGAUUGUGGUAGGCGCCAUCCGAGUGAGUGUUGGAGGAGGAUUGGGGCUUGUCUAAGGUGUGGGUUUCUUGAUAUUAAGGAGUGCCCACAGCAGGCAGAUCAAAUGCAAAGAGCACUGGACAGAAGUACUAAUAAGAUAGAGGUGAGGCUGCCUAUACUUGUCUAUGCUGCUCGACCCCGAGAGGACAGAGAUACUCCAGAUGUUAUCACUAGUACGUUCUUAAUUUUUGAGGUACCAUAUAUUGCUUUGAUAGAUAUAGGUUCUACUCACUCUUAUAUAGCUAGCACUGUAUCUGAAAACUUGGGGGUUUUUAUGGAGAGCACUUCUAGUGAGGUUACUAUACUGAGUCUAUUGGGGCAGUCUGCCCAGGUUAGUAAACUCUAUAGGGAUGUUUCAUUAGAGGUGCAAGGUACUGUUUUUCUGGAAAAUCUAAUAGAGCUUCGUUUUGAAGAGUUUGACUUAAUUCUGGCAAACAUCGAACACCAAAAUUAUCUGUCCAAUGUGAUCACUGCUCUUGUGGCUGAGAAACUGGUUCGGAAAGGGUAUAAGGCAUACUUAGCUCACGGAGUUACUGGUUUGCCUCCUAAUAGAGAGGUGGACUUUGAGAUUGAGCUUCUUCUGAGUACAGCUCCAGUGUCCAUCGCCCCCUACCGAAUGGCAUCGAAGGAGCUUACGGAGCUUAAGGCUCAACUGCAAGAACUUCUGGACCGUGGUUUCAUCCGUCCUAGUGUGUCUGUCCUAGUGUGUCUCCAUGGAUAG